UCAACAUCUGGGAUUGCACGGAUGUCAUCUCCCAGGCCAGGCGUUACCUGGGGCAGCGUCCCUUCGGGUAGUGGUCUGCAAGUGCCCGGACCCCAUCGCCGCCGCUCCGCUAGUACCGACCAAAUUCCCAUCAUCCGGCCGACGACCGAUGAUCAAGAAGGCGAUCCGACCGAUGGCCUACGGAUUUCCUACUCCAAAAUGGCCGUCGAAGGCACCGGCCUCAAAGCUCGCCGGUUAAGCACGAGUCUCCCGGGCGAGUUUUGGGUGGAUUUCUGCGAACUCGAAAAGGAAUACAAAUCGCCAAGCAUCUUCCCCGGCCGACGUGGUCAUCUAGUGGGCAAAGGCGCUACGGCGACCGUCACAUUGAUGCAGCGGCGCGGUGGACACAAAGAUGAGCUAUAUGCCGUCAAGGAGUUCCGUGGGAAGGACAAGUCCGAGGCUGAGGAGGAGUACAUUCAGAAAGUCAAGUCGGAGUUCAGCAUCGCCAAGAGUCUACAUCAUCCCAACAUUGUCGACACGGUGCAAUUGUGUGUGCAACAUGGUCGUUGGAACCAUGUUAUGGAGUACUGCCACGUGGGAGAGCUCUAUACCCUCGUUGAGAGAGGGUUAUUCCGUACCUACUACAAACUGGAAGACCGGCUGUGUUUCUUCAAGCAGAUCGCUCGGGGGAUUGAUUAUUUGCACAGUCACGGCAUCGCACAUCGAGACAUCAAGCUGGAAAAUUUGCUUAUGACGAAUGAGGGCUACAUCAAAAUCACGGACUUCGGAGUCUCGGAGGUAUUCUGUGGCGCCCAUCCAGGAUUACGAGAGAGCGGCGGCCAGUGUGGAAAAGAUAUGGGCGAGAUUCGUCGAUGUGCUCCGGGCAUAUGCGGUAGUUUGCCGUACAUUGCGCCGGAGGUGUUGGAAAAGAACGGCGACUAUGACCCGCGACCGCUCGACGUCUGGUCCUGCGCCAUUGUCUUCCUCACCAUGACCUAUAGUGGUUCACCUUGGCAAGCCGCCAAGCCUGAAUACCAGCACUACGCCAAAUUCGCCAAAGGUUGGAGCGACUGGCUCGCCGUGCAUCCUGACGGCAUGAUCAACGAUGGUGUGGAGGGCACUCCGAAAUGUGGCCCUGUUUUUGCCCGUCUCGACUCCGCACCCCUGAAACGUUUGAUGUUGAAAAUGCUUCACCCCGACCCCAAGAAGCGCAUCAGUAUGGCUGACGCGCUUCGCACUGGACUCUUGAAGAGCGUGGAUUGUUGUUCGGCGGAAAGCUUCGAAGAACCUGAACAACGGGGUGCUGUCGAUGCUACCAGCAAGAAGAGCUGCAAGGCAAACCGAGUGCUCAAGAAACAUUCACAUUUGCCACCUCGCGAACAUAAGACGCCGAGGGUGCUACGACAUCGUUUCGAUAUGGGCGAUGGGUACUCAUGA